UGUUGAGUGUCCUGAGAGGUCAGAUUGCCGUCAGGGAAAGUAUCCCUCCUGUAACAGAGCUAGCUCCCUUUAGUGGAAGUUGAUCGCCACCAAACUUAUAGGUUCACUUCAGACAUAGAUAUGGCCCAUGGACAUGGACAUGAACAUGGUCAUAGUAAAAUGGAACUUCCAGAUUAUAAACAGUGGAAGAUAGAAGGGACACCAUUAGAAACUGUCCAGGAGAGGCUGGCUGCACGAGGGUUAAGGGAUCCGUGGGGCCGCAAUGAAGCAUGGCGAUACAUGGGUGACUUUGCACACAAUGUUUCCUUUCCUGGUCUGUUAUUAAAAGGAUUCAAAUGGGGAUUUGCUGCAUUUGUGGUAGCUGUAGGGGCUGAAUAUUACUUGGAGUCCCGGAAUAAAGAUAAGAAGCAUCACUGAAGAUAGCACCUGGACAUAUCUCAGAAAAAUAAGAUUUCUUCACCAUAGCCUCCUUGUGUUUGUCCCCUAAAGAGUACCAGUAAGAUUUAAUAAAUUAAGAAAAACAUA